AUGCCUCCGAAACCAGCAGACACUGGUGAUGAGAAAGCUCCGGAUAACACCAUUAAUUGGAUCGAGUUUCGUGACACUAUGCUCGCUUCUCAAACGUCGUUGCGGAACUCCAUCAAUGAAUUGAUUCAAGCACUCCUUCAUAAUCGUGUGCAUGACAAUCCUCGUCCUAUCGCUGCAGCCGCUAAUCACCAACAAGAUCAACAAGUGAAUCCGAUGGCUCUUCAAGGACAGCAAGUGAACCCGAUGGCUCUCCAAGGACAACAAGUGAAUCCGAUGGCUCUCCAAGGACAUCAAGUGAACCCUAUGGCUCUCCAAGAACAUCAAGUGAACCCGUUGGCUCUACAAGAUCAACAGCCACAGGAUUUCGCACUUGUCCGUCAUCAUGAUCGACGACAACAAGAAGCGCGUCAUGUUGAUUAUCGUUGGGAGACUGGCGUAUCGUUGGUGUUGUUGGUCGUUGAGCAUACGGACAAGUGUGGAGUUACGUGCUCAACAAGACCUGAGAGGAGGACUCUCAUCUCUAUCCACUUCGUGCCAUCUCGUUUCGUUUCCGCUCUCACAAACCAACCAUCUCGGCCAUCAUUCAAUCACAUCAUUCCAUCAACCUCCCCUGUUUUCACGUGCUCUGUUUUUACACAUCAUCCAUCUCUUGUCCAUUCUGAAUACGCCGUGCUGGUUCAGUCCAUUGGUGGGAAUGACCGAUUAAGAGUGUGGUCGGAUAUCCAUUGUACUGUUCGGCUAACCGGAAGCGUCGCAAAGACACUGCUGGUUAUUUACGUCAAUGGAGAAGAUAUGAAUGUGCCUUCUUGUUUAGGGGACUGCACAGUGGAAGAGCAAACAAUACGUAGAUGGAGCCCAGAACUUAGCCGUGAAGAUGAAACCAGAACAUGA